GUAAUAUUAUCGCGAACGCGCGCGUGGGCCACGUUCCGUGUCGCGCGAGAAUCGACACUACGACGCGAACACAGUAACAUCGUUGUUACGGGCGACGACGGCCGCGACGAACGCUCGGUACGCAAUCGCACGCCGCGCCGUCCGUGUGGGCCCCGUGCUGUACCGGGCUACCGUUAACAUUUACACGAGUGCACGCGCGCCCGUACGCGGUGCGAGUGGUGCGCGUUGUGUACGCUCGCCCGUUAUCGCGUCUGCCCGCGACAAUCUGGUCUUCCGGAGCGGCCCGGGCGCUCUUUUAUCGUCGCGGGCUCAUCGGCGCUGCACACCGAUAAUCCGAUAAUUAUUAUGUCGAGUGUAUCGAGUUUUCAUAAUAAUAUUAUUGUAUUGUCUCGUUUAGUAACGUCCGAUCGGCCGACGCGUUCCGACACCCGUUCCGCCGCACCGAAUUCCCCAUGCCGCCGCCGUCGCCGGGCUAAACACGGAAACGACGUGCGCCGUUGUUACUGGUAAACGAAACACCCACCGGGGUUGAGGGUAAGUUCCUGCACGGCUCUCAUUUACAUAAAACGCUACAGUACAAAUACACACACGGGUGUAGAAAAGGACACAAUAUAAUGUUGUACAUCGGCAUGUAAGCGUGUUGGUUCCUGUACGUAUAUAUCUGUGUACCUACAACAAUUUUUGAGCUAUCAGCUAUUUAUUUUUUUAUUUUUUUUUUUUUCUAUACUAUUGUUGCGUAUAAAUCAUAGUUUAACGCGCAUAGUUUACGUGUUUUUAAUUAUUUUUAGUCCACGUUCUUUUCACGCAAUCUUGCCUGGGCUUGCGAGAACAGUGAUUAGUUUAAUGUUUGACAAUCAGACGUUUCGAUGAGACUCUAUACAUGUAUAUAUAUAUCGACGUUUGAAAUUGAAAAUUAAUAAACGAUUUUCGGAAUCCACAAAUUUUUUUAAGUCUAAAAUGUCGGAUGUGUAUUGCGCCGAGGGUAAGCCACUGUUGUUGGUGAGAAGUUUGGACAUGGCAUAAUAUAGGAUUAGAAUACCGGGUUAUUAUAACAUAAUAGGCAGCCGACUUAACUUAAUGUUAUUUGUGAUUUAGAACAAUUACAAUAUUUCAUGAUUUCACUGGCUAAAGGCCACCAUAAUAUUUACUAUCGAUCUACGCAGACAGAGUCUGCAACAUACAUAACGUUAAGCUAAGGUGGACAUUGGCAACCAUGUAGCAAACUACGUACUGAUUUACGCUACACAAUUUUUUGUUUUUAAAUUACUUAAAAAACACGAAACUCAACAUAGUUUAGUAUAGUGGAUAAUAUAAAACGGGUGUCUGUACCAUUGGACUUCAUAUAAUAUGUAUGCAGUGGUGUAGGAAGGAGGGGACCUGUUAUUUUGGAGUUAAAAUAUUCCCCCUUGGCCAUAUUUAUGUCGAAAAUCAAAAUAUUAGAUUCUGAGUGUAGCGAAGAAUGCGAUUGGUUUUACAAAGAUGUCUAUUUUUUAUUUUUUUUUUUUAUAUUGUGUACGCAAAUUCUACCAAAAAUCUUGCUCAAAUAUAUACGCGCGGCACCAUUUCUGAAAGGGAAUGUUACCCUUUUAGGUCAUUUUUUGAUUUUCCAAGCGGUUUUCAUAAUAUCUGGGAAACGUAAAAAAUAGGAAAUUUGCGAAAUUAAUGUUUUUAUUACUUUUCAAUUUUGUUAUUUGUUGUAUUUUUUUUUUUUUUGAACAUAAUAUGUAUAUUGCCGAUUUAAGAACGAAAGUGAAGUCAGAAUUGAGCAUACUGACUAAGUUUCGAAAUUAAAGCUUUUUGAAGUUCUGAUAUUAUGUGGAUAUUAUAUGUUAUGUUAAAAAACUAAAUAUUAUCUUCUCUAGAGUAUGUUUGUCAUAGCCUAAUACAUACCUAUUGUCAUCCUAGGGUUCGCAAGUUUAUACCCCUGUUUCUAAAACAAAUUUGUUGCACUUAUUUUAUCCCUUUCACCUAAACAGGAAAAAACAAAUACAUUUUAGGCGUACCUAAAGACCCAUCUACCGUUUGCUCGGACUAUUUUAAUUGAAAAAUACCCUUCGAUUUGUUGUGCAAACUGUUCUACCAAAAAUCUUGCUCCAGUACUCAAGUGUAGCCUAUUUUCUGAAAGGAAAUUUCAUCUCCAUGGUAAUUUAAGGGUCAUUUUUCGAUCUUCCCAGGAGUUUUCUCAACAAAUUUAAACACAAAAUAAAACACCUCCCUAAAACAUCCUGACUGAACCACUGUGUGUAUGAACAAAUACAUUUGAACUUUACCCGUUUAGGAACUUAAAUGUUACGUUUUUCUACACCUUCAUAUAAUAUGUAAACGAGGUUCGUGUAGGAACUUACCAUUUUUCAAUAUGACAUUGUAUAGGUGGUGCACGUACCGGAUUUCGGUACUAGGAAAUGUACAGCCGCGAAAAACCACCGCGUCCGUCAGCGGAAAAUAAUGAACCCGACGAGUCGUCGUACAUGCUUCGGGACAAAAGUAAGUAUUUUAUUAUAUUCUUUUUUCUGUGUUUCAAUUUAUGUAAUUCAAUUUUCUUAACUGCAUAGUGGUCCAAUUUUUUAUGUCAGGGGUAGUCAAGUCGGUUUGAAUCGACACAAAAAUGUUUAGGGAGGCAAAUGGCCGUUUCAGGUUUUAGUCUAUCUCCUCGAGUUUACUCGUAUUAUCACCCUAAAAAACGAGACGUGUCCGUUUAUAUUUACUAUAACUUGACAAUUUCUCAUCGGGUUUAAACAAAAAUAUGUAAAAUCGAAACGUCGAAAUAAUAUGGGUUUACAGAAUCGUCAUCGCUGCGCCGGGACGGUCGGAUCACCGCUGCUUGGGACGAGGACUGGAGCUGGUACGUGGUCACCGGAUGCGCGUUCGCCAAUUUCUUGUUGCCCGGCAUGCUCAGAUGUUUCGGGCCGGACGUCCUGGAAGGGUUCACCGAAAAAUACCAUCUGGGAACCCGGUGGGCUUGUCUCUGGAUACCGACAGUGUUUGACCUGACGUUCUCCAUUGCGGGUACGUGUUCAACUGUAUACAAUAAAUUAUAUUAUACCCACAUAGUUACAUCGUAGUAAUAUCCUACAAUUUUAGAAAUUAAAAAUCUGUGCAAUUGAAAUUAUAAAAUGUUCUGUAACUCUUGAAUAUAAUAUUCGUAUAUUAUAUUAUGUACCUAUUUAGUUUCUUCCCGUUUGAGGGGGUCAGAAUACCCUCACGGUAUACCUCUACUUAUCAUAAGAGACGACAAAUUAGGGUUACGUUUGGUCGAUAGCCUAAAUAAAAUUUUAUCAAACAAUAUGAGGACAUCUAAACAAGACUUGACUAGUUUUCUUGAGGAAUUGAAAGUAGGACUUGAAGGAAAAAGACUAAGGAGAAGUAUAUAGAGUAUGUAUUUGGAGGAAGGGAACAAAAUAACUAACGACAAUAAGUAGUGACAUAAUAGGCUAGGUUGAGAGUUUAUCUCUAGAGUAAUCUAUUUUUUUAACCGUCGCGUGAAGGAAGGACAUGACAGGCUUUCAGGCCGGCGGGUGACGAACACCAAGUCGGGAAUACUUGGCUCAUGGGCAACGUAGUUAAGUUAAGCUAAGCAUCCUGAACUCAUAAUUUGCAUAAACGUGGUGUUAAUUUAGGUUAACUUAUUGUAUUUAUAUUUUUAAUUAUAUCCCUACGUAUGUGAGACUGCUACGCGAAGGGAUAUCGUGUUUGAACAUGUCACGAAGAAAAACGGAUAAGAAGCAGAACGAAUUGUAAUGGAAAUAAACGUACGAUAAAAGAGGAGGAGAGAAAGACUGAAAAAAAAGGCCCAUCCAACCACCUCGAUAAUAUAAAGACAGCCGUAAGCCGGUGUAUGUAAGAUGGGAGAUCGGGUCAAGUGGAAGUUUAGGACGAGGGUGGCUAAGGAAGGCAAAGGAGAAGUAGAAGACACAUGUAGGACCAUUGCAGGUAUAUUAUAAUAAAAUAUAUUAUUAAAUCGUAAACGAGUGGGCAUAUCCUUCUUGUAUGGGUGUAGCUGGUAAGUGCGGUACGUUUAUAUAGGUGUAACCCACGGUUAUAACAGUGGUGUAACCGUAUAGGUAUACAUUAGGUAGUAUAUAGAUACACGUUUCGAGGACGAAAAACUCGUUUUUUUUGUUUUUGUUCUCCCGUGGACUGUACGAAGACUGAAUACGCAUUGCUCGCGCAUCCAUAAUAAUAUCGCAGUGUUCAUGUAUAAAAUAUAAAAUAAUAAUAAUAAAAUUAUUCACGUCGCAGACGAGGUUUUAUACUUGUACUCGCGCGCGUCUUAUCGGUCACGACAGUACACCAACAAAAAAAUUAAAAAUCGGCUGUUUUAUAUAAUUCAUUGCGUCGACUUUCGACAGUGUAGAUAACGUGCAUACCUACUUCAUAACGAACAGGUACGCGAAAUCAACACGUAUCUCGAUCCGUACAUAUUAUUAAUUAUUAUUACGAUAAUCUUUAUGGCGAGUGUUUAUUUUCAAAACGAAUGAUAAUAAAAUAAUAUUGUCAAUGUUGUAGUGUUGGGACGGAUCGCGUGUCAUCUAUGUUUUCUCCUUUUUUCGCCACUACUGUAUGUCUGUGUCUAAAUAAUGUUACAAAUAUCGCAAAUCCGUAUAAUAUUGUGAUCGUAUGUCGGGACUAUAAAUGACGUAACCUGCAGUGUAGCAACCUCGUUUUAUCACACCCGCCCUCCUUCCACCUGAUGGUGCCACUAAAUGCGACCGAAAAUUCGCGGGUAGUGCAAAAAUUAGGAAAUUUAGGUACUCGGACAUUUUAUACGACAACUGAAGUUCCUUAAUAUUUGUUUUUUUAACAAACAAAAAACGCCAUGCCGUCACAAUUAUUUUUUGAAUUUGUUGAACCGAUAUAACUUGUUAGAAUUUAAAUCGAUUUUACUUGUAUGCAGCGAGUUUAGAAUAAUAGACAUAACAUACGCAAAAAAUCCAACAACGUGAAAUGUUCAAUGUCCAAAUUCGGGAUAUCUACAAUAAAUGUUUAGAUCUCGGAUCCGAAAAUUCAGAUUUUUGACCUUCAGCUAAUCCAAAUAUUUCCCUUCACUAUGGAAUAUAUGGUUUGCACAACGUAUCCAAACUCACCACGAACUGAAAUGUCACUUUUUCUUACCAGUAGUCGCCAAAAAUGCAACGAUAUUCAAAACGCGAUUCGUUUUACCCCUGCGGCUUGUCAAAUGCGUGCAGGUUUUAUUUUACUGCUCUUAAACAGUGUCAUCAUUUAUUUUUCUUCUUUUUCUGUUCUCGUCUAUUUUUCUACGCUGUGCCAAUUUGCUUUCCUUCUAUUUUAAUUUAAACAAACGUCCGAAAAACGCCUCAAAAUACACCUAUACAACUAUUAUAUUUGGCUCCUCUCCUCAGAUUCUCGCCCAUAUAUCUCAUCGUGCCCCCCCCUUCCUAGAAAUUUAAAAUGUAUUUUAAAUACAUAAACACUGAUUUAUUAGUUGAUUAAAUGUAUUUUAAUUUUGCAUAAUAAGUACGUAUUUUAAGUAACAUAACGAUUAAAAUGUUUAUUACCACAAUAAAUAUAUUGCAUUAUUCAAUUAUUGCUCAAUUUUUAUAUGAAAUAUACCUAUUACCUACAUAUUCUUUUUUCUUAUUCGGAUAAACAUUGAAUUGCUAUGUAGCAGUCAGGUGCAUGAUGGGAUCAAAAGGGCAAACGUUUUAGAAAUAAUAUUCUUACAAAGAAAUGGAAAUAAAACAAAUGUAUAAUUUAAAAAUAUCAUAUAAUUUAUCAGUAGUUUGGUUUAAAAAGAGCCUGUCAGAAAGAAAAAUUGUUUAAUUGAAAUUUAAUAAUAAAAAAAAGAACUGAUACUGAGGAUGGGAGCGGCCACUGUUGUAAGUGAGAAGCUGGGAAGGUAGGAUACAUAAAGUUAUUUUAUUUAUAUCUGUGAGCAACGAUAAACCAUGGCUUGACGAAAGACGAUUCCGAGCGCAGUUCGGUAAUACAUAAUUUGAAGUGCCUUAAUUUUUUUUGCGAUUUUCGUUUAAAUUUGAUUUCAAAAUGCUUAUUUUAUUUAUAAUAUUAUAAUAUUAAUUACGUCUUUAAAAUACAAUCUAGGCAACUUGAGCUUUCAGAAAAGUUGCUACGCGUAAAAAUCGGAGUAAGUUUACUAGGAAAAAACGUGUCCACAGACUAGAACCAAAAAGAAACAGUAUUGUAAAAUCAAUAGCUACGCUUGAAAUCUAAAAAAAACCAAUUAAUAUAAUAUUUUGUAAUGUUUACUGUAUAAAAUUACCAUAAUUUUUAAUGAGACCCUUCAGGGUCGGAAUAACAAAAAAUACACAAAAUUUAUUUAUACUAUAUUGUAUUAUAAUAAUAAUAUGUAAUUUAUAUCGUGCGUAAUUAUACUAAUUUAAAAUCGCGCCGCAUACUCACGGUCGUGUAAAUAUUAAUUUAAGGACAAAAGCGACCGUUUGUCUUUAAUAUCAAAUAUAAAUAUAUUAAAUUGCAUUUGCGUUGCGCUAAAUAUUCAAAAUUACAGUCGGAACAUUUUUUACUAAAACAUAAUCGUAAACUGCAAUUCAUAAUAUGCCGUAAUAUGACUCAUUACAGUCAUAAUACUUUGUACGCGGUCCGAGUUGACUAAUAACGCGCCUUUAUUAAAAAAUAAAAAAAACUCUAAUUGUGUUAUACGCCAUUAUUUUAGUUUGAAAUCGUGGGUUAUAAACACGAAAAAAAAAACCAAUCUAAAAUCAAUAUUUGUUUCGAGUUAUGUAUUUCUAUGUGUACGCGUGUACCUAUUUUAUACACGUUAUAAUUGGUUAUUAAAAUUAUUAUUACUAAACCAAUUUAUUUUCAGAUUAUAUUUUUUAUAGGUGACAAACGAUUUUUUUUUUUUUACAAUAUUGAUUUACGAAAAAAAUCUGUACUGCAAUUAUUGUUGUGAUUUAGCGCGAAUGGGUUUGAAAAAACAGAAACGUUACAUGAUACCUAUGAUAUUAUGUAAAUUCAAUGGUUUAUAAACAGAAUUAUUGUAGUAUUCGAUAAAAGACUAUCGAUGUAUGAAAAAAAAAAAUUAAUAAAAUCGACACUGUAUCAUAUCGAUGAACUUCGUAUUAUUAUUAUUGUUAUUUAUUUCAAACAAAUGUUUGUUCUCGCUUACAUUUUUAUUGUAAUUUCGUCGCCUCGUAAAAAUUAAAAAAAUACAAUAAACUAUAUACGGCAAGUAAAAAUUAAAUACGAUUUCGUUGCAUACACUGCAGUACCAAAAAAUUUGUAUGUCCGUUUUCACCAACGAUUCAAUCGCGAUUAACUGUAAUAUAAACCGUGACUAUUAAAAUUAGUUUAAUCGCUUGUUGAAUUUCAUUUCACUCGCGGUUAAAGCUGUUACAUAAUCGCGAUUUAAAUCAUUAUUAUUGAAAAAAAAAAAAAAAAAAAAAAAACACUUAAUCGAAUUUUGACACCUUAAUUUUCGUUCAUUUCCGUCGUGCAAUAUUGUUCUGUAUUGAUUUCCGUUAAUCGGAGAAAGAAAAAUGCCUCGUGCUAGCGCGCGGGCUUUAUGUGAUGAUAGCCAUCAUGAGAGUUAGGGACUUCUAAAAUUUGCGUAGAACAGCAAAGUCAAAUAUUGAUACGGUUCAUCGCGUAUGUAAUCUAAAUCCUAAAUUUUAUUUCGCAUAUAUUUGCAUAUUUUAGAGUUUUUGAUUUUUAUGGCGUAUUCUAGGAGCAUGUAGCUUUUAAGUGCUGUACAGAGACAUUCCCUUAUUAUAUCUUAUCUUAUUGUAGGCCGCGUAACCCUUCGAUUUAUAUUGUUUAAUAUUUUGUUUUUUUCAUUGUUGUCUCAACACUCUUCUUGCACUCGAUCACCCUGCAAUGAUCGGUUACUAUAAUUAUUUCAAUACCUCGGACUUCUCGGACUUCUCCGAGGAAUUAAUUUCGCGUUUCCUUUUUUUUUUCAUUAUAACUACAUUUACAUUUCUAUUCAUAUUUACUUAUAUCGAUUAGAUAUUAGUUAAUACACUUGAAUUAACUAGAAACAUCUGGCUAGUCAACAAUGUAAAAUAUUGUAUACCUAUAAUGAUUAUAUUACAAUCGGCAUCAACAUCAUAUUGCACGAACACGGCGAAUAUGAUGGAAUCGCGAUUAUAAUGGUAAAAUCUAAACGAAUUUAAUCGUGAUUCAAUAGUUCGGUUACAUUAAAUCACGAUCCGCGUGUUUUUCAUGAUAUCGAAUCUAUAAAUUAAUACUCGUAAUGAGAAGCAGAAAAAAAAAAACGGUGUGUAUUAUGUACGAUCUGUCCGGUUUGUUAAUCAAACAAAUCGACCAGGAUAAUUAACCGUUCGGACAAAGCCGUUAUUUCUUAUCUACACUAUGGUACCUAUUUAUCGCCAGAUCAUUUGAAUAAAUAAAAAUUAAUUUUAUUUAUUGAUUUUAAAUUGUUCAUUAUAUUAUUUAACGGCUAAACGGUGUGAUGCCGAGAUGAAGUUUGGAAUUUAAGUUCAAUGUCUAAACGCGUUCAAAGAAUACACUGCUAUAAUACAUACCUCUAUAAUAUUAUGUGUUUCGAAAGGAAUGCGUUUGUGGUGUUUCGAGUGUUUUAUCAGACCAGCUCGCCAUAUACAAUUUUGUAUUUAGAUUCCGAGUAUUACAACAAUGAACAAGCUACCUAUAUUAUUUUUAUAUGAAGAUGUGUCUUUUAUUUCCUCGGUAAACGCUUUUACGGUUCAAAUCCCCUGCUCUUUUUAUGUCAUACACUUAAAACAUAGGUAUUACACAAUACCACAUUUUGCCAUAAAGUUGUUUUUUGCGUUUUCUCUGUCAAUCGCUUUUUUGGUUGGGGUUAGUACAAUUCUUGGUUUUAUUCUAUUUUUUACGCAGUGCCUCAAAUCACGCGGUACUUGAUUUAAAAUAUUUAUAGAAUAUUUCAACGAUUCGUCCCUUGGACCCCGUUUUUUGUUUGUGUUGAAUUUUUGGUUAGGAAAUUUCAGUGUAUUACGCUAAAUUAUUAUUUGCCAACUUUCAAUCAUAUUAUAUACAACAGUACAGACCUAGAUACAUAUAGUGCAAAAUUUGUGUGUCUGACUGUUUGAAAUCUAUAUUAUUUCUAUAACCUUAUCAUAUUAAAUAAUAUAAUAAUAAUUUGUUUCGAUCAUUUUAGUAUUAAAGUUUACUCAUAAGAAAAAAAAAACUGAAUUAGGUUGAGUCAUCAUCGCUGAUUUUAAUUCAACGAUAAACAUAGUUAUUUUUACGGACUUAAAAUAAACGAUAAUAGCAAAUGGUCGAACGUUAGACCGAAGGAGCAAAAUUCGUUUACAUUCUUUAACGCGUUUUUAAUAACCAACAGAGCGUUAUAUUUUAAAUACUAAUUAUAUACAGUAGUUAUACUAGUUGUAUUUCAAAAAACACAUUUUUGUGAACAUUUUUUUUUUGGUAAAAUUAGUUUAAACUAAUUUACACAAAUGAAUUUCGGAUACUCGGCUAUUAUUUGAAUAUACAUGUAUUUAUAGAUAUAAAAUAUAACACAAUUUUUAAAAAAAAAACCAUUUCUAACUUUUAUGGGACACACGUAAGGAAAUAACUUUAAUAAUUUUUAAAAAUUAAUUUUAAACGUCGACAUUUCGUUACUUUUUUUUAGACAAUACUUUGUAUUAUUUGAUAUUUGAGGCUUAGAUUUCGAGCGUAACGAGGAAGCUAUUGAUUUUACAAUACUGUUUCUUUUUUGUUCUAGUCUGUGGAUACGUUUUUUCCUAGUAAACUUACUCCGAUUUUUACUUGUAGCACUUUUUCUGAAAUUUCAUGAUUUCAUUAUUUUAUAAAAACACGGACGGCGUUAUCUACCGGAAAAAACGGUUAAAAAGUCACAAACCUUUUUUGUUGUCUUUCUGAUUUAAUUUUUUACGGUAUCAUCGCUAAAACUUUUGAGCUUUUAAGGAAUUUUAAUUUUUGAGAGUUUUUUGCUGUAAUUCGGUUAUAAAUACACGUAGACUUGAAACUUGAUAAUAAUACUUAUUUAUUUUGGACUUACCUAGAUGUGGUCAAAUUCCAAAAUCAUUAGACGACUUUUUUUUUUUAAUAAACGUUUUGAAAUCAAAUUUAAACGAAAAUCGCAAAAAAAAAAUUACGUCAAUUCAAAUUAUGUAUUACCGAACUGUGCUCGGAAUCGUUUUUUGUCAGCAAUGGUUUAUCUUGGCGUACAUAUAUAAAUGAAAUAACCAUAUGCAUUCUACCUUCCCAACUUACCACAUAUAACAGUGGCUGCUCCCAUCCUCAAUAUCAGCUCUUUUUUUUAUUUAAACGUUUAUUUGUUUUACGAUAUAUGUUAUGAUACGUAUAUUAUAUUAUAUGAAUAACAUUUACAUUAUACUCAUGCGUAAUAUAAUAUUUAUGGACAAUUAUUACGACUCGAAAUUUAAAUUAUUGGUAUCAUAGGUCAUUAAACUAAUAAAAUAUUUUAUUUAUUUAUUGUUAUAUACUAUCGCAAACAGAUUAAAAAUUGGUUAUUUGCUGUUUACUUUUACGAUCAUUUAGAAUUUUGAUAUUAUUAUAGUUUACAAUUAUAAUAGUUCUACAAAUAUAAACUGUAUAACUGUAUUUCUAAAUUUUUAUUUUGGUUAAUAGUGAUAAAUAUUAUUGUUGUGUAAUUUUUAUAAGUAUCUAUAUAUAUGUACCUAAUAAUUUUAAAUAAAAAUGCAUAAAUACAACGCGUUAAUAUAAUUAUAGAUAAAAAAAUCGAUAAUAAAAAUUACACUUAAAAUACUUAAUUGUAUUAAUAAUUUCACUUUCGUUGAGCAAAUUAUAAUAACGACCAGAGAAUAUAUAACCACAAAUUAUAAUAUUUUGCUAUCAUACUGUACUAUACCGGUAUUGACGCAAAUAGGUUCGGAUAUUUAGCCCCUUUGAAAUUUGGCUUUGCCCCCAAAUUAAAGGUCUCGUAAAAUAUGUUCUCAAAGGGCACAUAUGAGUUACAUACAGUCAUGUAAAAGAACCUUUUAUAUUCAAAGCGUAGCGAGGGAUCUAUUGGUUUUACUAUAAUGUGUAUAUUUUUUCAUUUGGUUUUUUUUUGUCAGUGAACAACUUUUCUACAUGAAAUUUUGCUUUGAAGUUUCAAGUAUAGCACCCUUUCUGAAAGGUAAUUUUCUCUAGUAGGGUCGUUUAGAGGUCAAAUUUUUAAGGUGUUUUCAAAGUAAUUAGGAGAAAACCGAAAGGAAAUUAUAAGUAAAACGAUAAAUAUUUACGACGAGCUGCGGCGUUACUGAUUUCAUUAUUUAAAAUUUUUACCGCUUAUGUUUUCUACUAGAAAUAUUGGUUUAACCAAAAAAUGCUUACAGACAUUUUUUGUUGAAUCUUGAAUCUUGUUGGUAAGUAAGAAAGUCGUUUUUUAAUUUUCUGUAUAGGUUUUUUAAUAAUUGAACAAAAUAACAAAACAACGUAGAAAUGACGGAAAGUUUCAAAAAUAAUGGUUUUAUUUUUUCAAUUUAGGGCCGGUUUUUCAAUUGCCAUUUUAGUUGUCAGUUAACUAACCAUAGUUAAAUUUAAUCUGUAAAUUAAAGUUCUGAAUAAAUAGUGUGUGGUUUAUUUAUAAAUUCAGUUUGUUGUCUCAGUUAUACAACCGAAGGUUGUCAUACUACAUAAUGAUCAUUAAUUGUUAUUGUUUUCACUUUAUCAGCUAGUUUUGGAGCUUAGCUUUAGCCCAUGAUGUGUUAUGUAGAGAGUUAAGGAGCAUUUCUGCUUCGUAAAAUGUGUUAUUACCAUUACUAAUACCAUAAUAAAUAUUUAAAUUCAAUAUGUCAAAUACUGUACUAAAAAGAAAAAGAGCUAAUAAUUUUUAGGUAUACAGAAAUACAACUAUUACUCAUACUCGAAUUAUCCUUACGUACUGAAAAUUAACAUAUUAACUUAGAAAAUUAGAAAAUUAACAUUGAUUAAUGGUAUAACAAAAUUAUGUACUGAUUAGAAAAUAAAUCGUCUGAUGCAGUAACUUGGAAAGACAAGGAAAAUAAUUGGGAAGAAAUUGCAUUAGUAUAUUAAAAUAUUUUAACAGCCAGAUACAGAAAUCUGUUAAUGUUUCAAUUAUUUUAUAUUAUACCUACUGAGUGGCACCUAUUUAUCCUUUCACGGACUAAAAACCACGUCUAAGGUGGACUAAAAUAUAAGGACUACGUUCAUAAUUUAAAAAUCCAUGCAGUUCUUUAUCAGCGUCGUAAAACAAAAUUUCGUUUUUGAAAUUUAUUUUAAAUUUUAAAAACAAACUAGCUGUUAUGUUAUGAUCACGGUUAUAUAUAGAAUCUAGAUAUAAAUAUUUAUUUUUGGAUGUGAUAAAUAGGUAGGUUGUAAAUAAUAAUGACCUUAAACGACGUUUAAUCUAUUAAUUAGAAGAGAUAGUAGCGGUUAAUUUAACUGGCAGUUUAAAUGGCUGUUAGCUAACUGGGAUUUUCAUAAAUAGUUUUAUAGGUAGAUAACGUUAACCACCAAUUAAGUUAGAUUAACCUCGAGUUAAAUAUAAUUGAAAAACCGGGUCUCAGUUAAAAAUAGUUAAAGAAACUAGACAUUUUGUCAGACAACUUAUAUUUGCUUUUUCUAGACGUGGUAAAAUUUUUAAGAGAUUUGAGACAUUUUUGAGCUAUUUAUAGACAUUUAAAUUUUGCAAGUUUUAUACAUAAUUUGUAUUUCUCAGGUAAUCUGUGGACACAAUUAUUAUAGAAUAAACAGAAGUCGGAAAUGCUUAAAAAUUUAAUAGGAGAUUCAUUAUAUUAUAUGUCCAAAAAUAUAUAGUGAGCAAAAAAUAAUAAUUGAGGGUAAUAAAGUAUUAUUUUUUUUAUAGGAGUUUUAAAAUCGUAAAUAGUUUUACAAAACAUAUACAACUGAACUUCACUCCAAAUCGUUUUUCGUUAGCAACGGUUUAUCGUUGGUUAAGGUUUAAAUUAGAUAACCUUAUGUAUCCCAUCUUCCCUACUACUCACCUACAACAGUGACCGCAUCAGUCCCCAGUAUCAGCUCUUUUUUCAUUUUUUAUUUUUAUAUCAUACACAAUUCGUGUUGUUCAAAUAACUCGUUCCUAAUGUAUAAUAUCACCAAACAAAUAAAGUGGAUUUAAAUUGAAUUUCCUGAACAAUAAGUGAUUUACCAUAGUGCUACAAAUUACAUAUUUAUUCACGACAUUUAUUUGAUGGCCGAUAAUUUCAAUUUAAUAUUAUCUACUUUUCAAAUGGUAUGCAAAAGCCAGAUGAACUCCGUUAGUCUUCUCAAUAUUGAGACUUCAUUUUCAUGUUACUCGUUGUAAGAUCUUUCAAUAGUUGUGUUUCUACGUUCAUUAUUUAUUAUUCGUAUAAAUAAAUUGAACAUUAAAAAUUAAUUGAAUUUUCCUAUAGCGCUUAGUGAAAAAGACGAAACAUUAAAAGUCAUUAACGGAUUUAAAUUCGGAUAGUUCAGAAACGUAUUAGUAUUAUAUUUAUUUAUUGAAGAUUUAUUAUUUGAUUAAUUAGAAAUUGUUGAACGAUACUUAAGCAAAGCGUCAUAUGUUGGCUUUUGCUCGGACAAACCUAGUUGUGGCCAACCUCAUUCAGGCAAAUCUCUAACGUCCAUAUAUAUUUAUUUUAUAAAUAUAAAAAUUAAUUAAUUAAUUAAAUAAAUCUUACAAUAGACUUAUAAGUAGCUACGAUUUUCACGAAUUUUUAUUUUAUAUUGUCACUAUAAGUCAAUAACCAGAUAGUUCCGUGUAAAAUGCAAGGACAAAUUAAUUGCUGAAAAGAGCGAGUAUUGUUUUAUUAUUAACAUGGUACCUAUCUAACCUAAUCUACUAUGGAAAAUUGAAAUUUACGUUACAAAAUUGACGUCACAGAUUUGCCCGAAUGAUGUUAGUCACAAGUCACAACUAGGUUUGUCCGAGCAAAUGCCGAAAUAUGACGUUUUGCACAUGUGUCGUGGACACUUCGCGUUUUACCCGGGCAUCUCCAAGAUUAGCCCGAUUUUGGCUUUUGCCCGUAACAUAUAUACAUUUUUUAAAUUUCUAGAAAAUCUAUAUUAUAGAGAUUCCCCCUAUAAUAUUUAAGCUAUUUGUGCCUGUGACUUCUAGAUUCAGGAUCGAACGACAAUACUUUUUUUCACUUUGCAUAAAAGAACAUUAUUUAUUGUUCUUAUUGUUCUAUGUUAUACAUGUAAUAUGAUGGACAUAACAUAAUAUUAUGUUUGUUAUUUUUUAACAUUUUUUCAGUUGAUAAAAAUGAUCCGAUUUGUUCACGUCAUACCUAAAAAUAAAGUCGGAUUUCCUGGCGGUACUUUAUUUAAACAAUUUUUCUAGAUCCCAUAGAGAUUUUCUAAAAAUUUAAAAAAAUCUAUCAACAAUUGGAUAUAUAUUGGUUUAUUUUUAUUGAUUUCCUUGGGUUACCUCGGCUACUAGAGAAAAAUCACAACUAAUAUUUCGUGUGAGUCUAAAACCUAACCAAUUUAUUAAGCACCGGUUUUUGAUAGCAUUGAUUCAUCGUUAGUUUCAGUACAUAAACUAAUUUAUCCAGUUAUUCUAUACAAUACAUAAGUAUACUUUCCGAAUUUUCCGCCUAAAACAGUGGCCUACUUAUGGUACGAUGAAUAUCCAACAUUUUUUUGAAUUCAAGUACAAUUUGUGUUAAAACUGUUUUUAGUUCAACGAUUCAAUGUUGUGUAUUAUCCAUAAUGUUCUUGAUAACACUGAUUAGAGAUUUGGGUAGUACAUUCGUUUUUUUAACUAAGUUUAUUGGCAUUAAUGUGGGCGUAAUAUUUUAUACAAUAGUACACGCAAGCUCGUGUAAAAUACCGCGUUUUUAUCGCUAUGAACGUACUUACCAAUUGUUAAAAUUUAUGACAGUGCGCGUUUAUAAUUUUGGGUAUCCGGCCAAAAGUGAAAAAAUAACCGUGAAUGUGAAAAUCGCGAAUUAAUUAUAACGAAAAUAUAGUAUAUUUUUUUAAUAUGGUCAUUAUAAUCCUAAUGUUGUUAAGUUCACUAGGUAUAAAUAAUUUGGGUAUUUAGUGAUAGUAAUAAUUUAAAAAAAAAAAAAAAAAUUAUUUAGGUAUUUAGAGACAAAUUAUAUACUACACCUUUUACAAAGUUCUUAUUAUCAUUAGUAUUAUAAUUUAUAAUUUACAUAUAAAUUUCGCUAUUAUGUAUGAUCGAUUAUUUUAAAAUUCGUGAUUUUUAUAUUCGUGGUUAUUUGCUUCGCUAUUUUGGCCUAGACCCAUAAUUUUGAUAAGCUAAAGAAACUAAAAUAUUAUGGUUUAUGAACUAACGAUUUGAUCAAUAGACAGAUUAUGAAGGUACGACUUUCCAGUUUGAAGAAUCGACUUACUAAUCUAUUAAGAUUUUCGAAUUUUUAGAAAAAAAUUUGAAUUAAAACCCGGAGUUUUCGUAUGUAAACUGUUUUUUUUUUUUAUAUAUAUAAUAUUGAAAUUCACUUUCCAUUUUAUAUUUUAUUUGCGGAGUUUUCUUAUAUUAAAAACCAUAUCGAUUCUCUUUUAUUCAUCGCAAUGAUGUAUCUACUCGUAGUAUGCCUAAUAUCUUAUUAUUAAACUUGUGUCCAUCGAAUUUCUUCUGCACGGUUAGUUUGUGAACAUUAAUUAAAAAAUGAGAAAACAAAAUAUUACCUACGCCAUUGUCGGAGAAACAACAAUAUAUAUAUUAUACACACAUAUUUUUUUUAUAUUUUUCGAGUUUCAGCUGUAAUAAUAAUCAGUAAAUAAGGACUUUUUUUUUCAUAAAAUACACUAUUUUCGUAAGUAAAUAACUUAAUUUACCACCGCUAUCUAUUAAUAAGCUUACUAUAUUAUCACAGAAUAAGAUAUUAUUAGAAUUAUAAGAUUAUUAGUUUUAUUUAAUUCGGGUGACACUCGUUAUAAACAAUGGUUUUGUUAUUAUUACAACUUUGGCGGUUGUUGUUAUUGUGCAUACGCGAGCUGUCACACGCCCACGCAACCUUAGAUAAUAUCUAUGAUUGCAAUAUUGAACUUACUGAACUGAUGUUACCAACAGUUAACGUAUCGUUAAGUUAGCCCACGGAUGUUAUAGAAAAUAAUAAUAUUACCUUUAAUUAGUGAAAAACAAUUAUGUAGAUAGUUUUGUUUUCACUUAUUUCUCUCCAGUGUCAAUAUAAUAAUAUUUUGUAUGCUUGGAUUUUUCAUCAUUGUUUUCGUAUAAAACGUAUCUCAUAGUUGUGCACACUAAAAAAACUAUUUAAUUAUUCAUUAUAGCAGAAAAAAAAUGGAAUAUUUUUCGAUUUUUAGUUUGAAGAAACUAAAAGUUAAGUUAUGCAACCCACAACUCAUACAAUUCUGAUUUUGAUUGGUCUCUGGUUUUUUUAACACUUCUAGCUAAAAAAUUGUAUUUUACAUUUUUAUGGUUACCUAAAUAUUAAAGUUUUUUUUCCAUUUCUUUGUAUAUAUUUUGUGUUUAUUAUCAGUCAGAACUAAGUAUACGACUACUUUUUUUUUCGAACUUGUAACAAAACAACUGAUUAAUUAUAAAUUGUAAAGCCCCCCCCCCCCAUUAAAAAAUCCUGCAUACGUCACUGAUAUAAACUACUUCGGGGGCAAACAAUUUCACUUCUCUAUUUGUCUCUGCAUGUAUCUAGUAUCUAUAAUAUAUAGUUCAUUAUUUUUAGCCCUAUUAUUGGAAAUAUUUGUACGAUUUCAUACAAACUUAAUCAAUAUAAUAAUAACAAUGAUAUUUUACGUAUACCUAAUGCCGUUUUUAGGGGCAAUAUCCUGUUUUCUGUGUGAACUGACCUCGCACCGGACCGUAACACUCUGGGGUGGACUACUUGCGUCCAUCGGCAUGAUGUCGAGUUUAUUCGCCAACUCUAUACUCUAUUUGUACAUAAGGUAUGGACGUAAAAGUAUAUAACAAUAUUAAAUAAUAACAAACGGGUGACUCAAGGACUGAAUAAAAAAAAAAUAAUACAAAUUCUGGCAUCUAUUUGGCGGAACUAUAUCUCGUACAAAAAACGGUACUAUUUAGGUCCGUAUAUGACUUGGUUGCGUUCUCAAAUAAUGAUCUAAUUUAUUUUGUUUAAAUAUUAUUAUGAAAAAUUUAUUAUUUUUCUUAUUAGGUACUUGCCAAUAGUUUUUAAAGGCCAAUAGCUGAAACCUCUAAGUAAUCACUGUUAAAAUGUUACAUAUAACUUUAGAAUCCCCGAGAUUUUAAAUUUUAUUAGCGCCCGCUUGCACGUAAACUUUUAAAGUCCACCUAUAUUAACCACCUAUACUCGACACUUAUAUAUGCUUCAGAAUGAUAUUAUAACAAUGUUCAUAUAUAUAAAAAUAAAAAAUUAAAACUGAUUUAAGUAAAAAAUAAUUAACUAUUUCGGUGUUUUCAGCUACGGGAUAAUGGUGGGCUUUGGCGCGGGCGUGUGUUAUCCCGCCGGUAUACUAAUCGUUAACGAGUAUUUUAACGAAUCCAGAGGAUUGGCCAACGGGCUUUCACUGGUCGGCACCACAGUCGGUUCGAUCGCAAUGCCGCCGUACAUCAUGUUUCUGACCUCGUCAUACGGAUACAGGUAUGCUUCUUCUUCUUUUCUGUAAUCAAUCCUGAAAUUGUUUCGCAACAAUUCUCCACUCUUAUCCAGUAGUGUGAUGGUGAAUACAAAUUUUCAAUAUUUUUGUAGUGCUAUAAGAAAAAAAAAUUGGUCCACUGAUCCGUGAAGAGCUAAUUCUAUUUUACUGUAUUUUGAACAAACCCAAAUUAUAAUAUAAUAAUAUAAUGUAAAUACAAUAAAACAAUUUUGUUAAAUUGUUCAGUACAUAACACGUUAUUACCUUAUUGGUUCCACUAUGUUAAAAAUGAUUUGCCAUAAUUCACCGCAGGUAUUUAUCAUUUCAAUCUAUGAUCGCCUCGCUGCUGUGUGCAAGCGGUGGACCAUUUGGUCGUGUACAGUAUUGUAAACUGUUCAAAUAAAUGUAGUUUAAUAUGUUUCCUUGUAUUCGAAUACGUGUACUAAAUAUUUUUAGAUUCUGGAUGGAGCGAAGAAGAUUAUGGUUUUAUAAUAAUGUUUAUUUUAUUUUUUUAUUUUUUUAUUUAAUCUGUGAACAACUUUUCUACCAGAAAUUCUGCUCCGAUUUGCAAUGCUAGUACUGUAUCUAAAAUGGAAAUCUAACUACUGGGAAGGUACUUUACGGAUGCCAUUUUUUGAUUUUCCCAAGAGUUUUUCCAAUAAAUUAGAUAAACGGGGAAAAAGUGGAGAAAAACUUGGGAAAAACAGGAAAAUAAAUACAAUAUUAAUCAAAUAUUAUUGAAUGAAAUGUAUAAUGCAUAUGUAAUAAUAUGACAUGCAUAUUGUUGACAAAGCAUCACUAUCAACCGACCUUCACUCAGAAUCAUUUUUCGUUAGUAAAUGGUUAAUCGUUGCUUAAAAAUUUACAUUAAAUUGCCUAUAAUUGUCUGUGCCCGUCCCUUUUAUCCUAGGAAUGGUUAUAAUUUUUAUUUUUAUUCACUAAAAAAGCACUUGUCUUCCGAAAUCAAUAAAAGUUUUAAAUUCGCAAACUAAAACUUAAAUCGGAGAUUUUUACGGCUACAUGUUUUAAUUCCUAAACGAAGUUUAAACAUUUCUCUGUUAAUGAUAUAAUAUUUGAAUACCUAGAUGUACUAAUUACUAAUCAGUUAUCAGUUUAUUUGAUAAAAUACUGAGCCAUAAACCGAUAAUUUCAGAACUGUAGACCAAAAACUGAUACAAAUUAUCUAAAAAAAGAAAAAUAUUCGAAAAGUAUUCAAAUACGUUUUAAUAAUUUAUUCGAAUACGUAUUCUACUUUCUUUGUUUUUUAUUCGUAAUACAUUUAAAAUAUAUAUGCACAAUAUAAUACAAUAAGUAAAUAUUCUGAUAUAAAAGUACUAGGUGUGAUAUUACUUCCAAAUUAUGAAUUUAGGGUUGCAUACAUUGUUUACUAUUUAAACGUCCAAGACGAUGGGGAGGGUUGUCUGGUAUUGUGCGAUAUGAUAGUUUGGAUAUGAGAUGGUUAACGUAGUUAAAGGAGUUUCUGUCGAAUUUAUUAUAAUUAUAGAAAGCAAGUGUAGAUAUAGUUUAAAAGUUGAGAUAAUGAUGGAGAGUACUAUUGCUGACGUACCGGGAUGCAUUGAAGAGCCGAAAAUGACACAAGGAGAUAUUGCUUGGAAUAAUUGAAAUUUAAUUAGAUUUUAAUUUUUUGCAGUUCCCCAAAGUUGAAUACUGUACUUCAUUUUGGGGUCCGAUAUUUUUUUGUAAAUCUCAGCUUUGUUCGUUGUUGAGAGAUUUUUGAUCUGAUUAAUCGUUUUAAUUUAUGGAGUCUGAAGUUGAGCAAAGUUCUUUUUGCUUUAAUGUGAUUUGCCAGGGUGUCCUUUUGUCGAAGUAGUAUACUUUACAUAAGUAUCCAUGGGGAUUAUCUGGUUAUUAAGGUAAACAGAAUGAAUAUUUUUAGGUCUGAAAAUAAAAGUUAUUUGGGUGGAUUUUUUCUUCCAUUAAUUUUUGUUUUCCAUAAAAUGAAACAUUCUGGUAGUGGAGCUAAUUGAUGUUGGAGGUUAUUUGUGGCAGUAAUUAUGUGAGAGUUAGAAGAGGUUGUAGCUGUACCGUUGAUUGUGGUAGGUCAGUUGUAUAGGUAUAUAUUGUAGAGAGUUGGGGAGAGGAUACUACGUUAGGAGGCUCAUGUUUUUAUAAGGUGCGAGUCAGAAAUUUCAUCUUUACAUCAUACAACAAAAUUUCGAUCGCAUAAAAAUAAUUUGAGGGUGAAAAAUAAAGGAGUUGUUAAAAAUAGAAGUUUGUGCCCCUCACAUCAGAUCCGAUUAAACGUCUGAUGACGUCAAGAUAGACACCGGAGCAAAAUUAUUUUUAUUUUAGUGACGAAGUAAUAUAUUGUCAACUAGCCUGUGUAAUUGAUGGAGAGAUGAAUGCUUGUUCUUAAAGGCCCGAGGUUCGGACAACUUUGAGGGCCCUUUAGAAACCUAAAGUGCUCAGUCACUUAGAUGUAUAACACACAAGUAGCAACUAUUUUGUAUAAAUAAUAAUUAUUUUAAUACUAGCUGUUCAAUACUACCCGCGUAGACUGUUAAAAUAUUCCUUCUCUACGGGAGGGAGUAUGGAAGAUAUAAAUAGGUAUUAUGUGAACAUACUCCCAACCUUCUAAAAUAGUAAAAGAUAUUUUCAUCAAUUCCUAUUAGCUAACUUAUAAAUACGAAAUGAUUUUCCUUUAAAAUUACAUUUAUUAUUCUACGUUCCCGUAAAGCAGCGGUACCCAUUAGCUUCGGGCCACAUGCAAUAACAAAUUUAAAUAUUUCUAAUUUAAACACUAGAACUAAAUUUAGGACUGUAACUAAGAAGAUUUGAACUGGGGACCCCUUCUAAAACCCUAGUAGUACUAGACUAGGCUAGUACCAUUUUUCGAUUACAUCAGGUUUUUUACUGCAGAAUACUUCCUCCAAUCAAAAACUUCAUAUGAGUUUCGUAUCAAAUUGUUGAAGAUUUUAAUAGAAAAUUAAUGGAGAAAAAAAAAUGUUGUCCACAUAAAUUAGAAUUUAAUAUCGUGAAGACAGAUAUUGUUAUGCUAACAUGUUUCAUAUAAAUACAAUUUUAUGGUUACGGAUUUUUAAACGCUCUAAGAAUAAGAAAAAAAAAUUAAAAUAAAGCAAAAUAAUAUUGUUCAGUUUAUCAAAAGUUAAUAAAACAAUGAUGUUUAACGACCUAACGAAUGAAAAUGUAAUGUACAGGGUGAUUCAAAAUGUAUGUUACAUCUAUUUUAUCACAUAAAUAUUCAAAUAGAAAAAAAAUAUAUAUAAUACGAAAGUGUUUUUGAUUUAUAAACAUAUAAAAUGAUUUGUAAAUAUUUUUUGGGGGGUGUCUUUUAGGGGGAUUUGAGAGUCAACUUUUGAAAUUCAGAUGGGAACCUAUCUUUUUUUUUUUUUGCGAACAUAAUAUAAAGAUAUUUUUUUAAUAAAUUUAAUAACAUUAAUUUGUUCAAAACUUUGUGUUUGAAAACAAUUAAAGGUUUUUAGAAAUUUAAUUUUGACCUCACGCCGACAAGUACCUAUCUAAUGACGUCACUUAUCACACAAUGAGUGUUGCGUUGCUUCCGCGAACCAGUUAUAACUAUAUUAGUGUAUUAACUUUAAAACCCCUCUCAAUUAUAGUUUUGAAUAAAUUUAUGUUAUUCAAUCACUAAAAUGGAUUUGAAAAAUAUCUUCACAUUAAAUUUGCAAAAAACUAUAGGUAUCCAUCUGAAUUUCAAAAGUUGAAUCAGAAUUCUUCGUUUUCCUAAAAAAAAAAAUGUACAAAUCAUUUUAAAUGUUUAUAAAUCAAACAAUUCGUAUUAUAAAGUUUUCUCUAUUGAAUAUUUAUAUGAUAAAAUGUAACGUAAGUCUUUAUUAUUAUUAUUAUUUUUUUUUUUUGGGGAGGGGGAAUGACUGUUACGAUUAACUAAUUUUGAUUUUUAAAUAGCAACCUUUAUACAAAUUUUAAAAUUACAUUGACAAAUAUUACAUCAAUUUAUGAAAUUUUUAAUUGAAUAUCAAAAUUAUUGUUAGUCAUUUCACCCACAAAAAUAACUGUAGUGUUUUGGUAAAUGACAACGUAUAAUUGAAUGCACAUAACCAUGCAUGUUCUAAUAUUUCAGAGCUGCUUAUUUCUUCAGUUGUCAAAAAAAAAAAAAAAAAAAAACAGGAAUUCUGAAAAGUCCAUAUUUUCCGAAACAUUGCAAUGGGUAUGUUCGUGGGACGCCCUGUAUAGUUGAUAUGUAUUUAUCAUUGUAAUUUGUUUGAAUUUUUAUUUAAGAUUAUGCUAAGUACUUUGGUCUAGUAAGUGGUUUACAGAUAUAAAAUAUCAUAAUUAUGUUGUUAGGUUACUGACUUUUAUAAUAUCAAUAUAGAAUUGAAUGACACGACGCGGCCACGAUUUUGGUCCUUGGGAGAUCCCAGACUAAUACAGCGCUGGGUGACAGCCAUACAGGCGAAACUAGACCAUCGAUUUCGGGAUUGGUAAAAUUAUGGGCCCAUCAAAGACGUCUAUGAUGUCAGCUGUAUGUAACUUGUGCAUGCGAUUAAAUAUUAUUAAAAUGCGACACGACAAAAAGUUAUUAGUAUUGAUUUUAAAAUGAUAUAAAUAUAAUUCGCUACGCCGCUGGUUUCCGGAAUUUGUUGAAAAUCUAGGGCAGAAAUUAAAAUGGUACAAACAGCGUCCCGUUUAAAGCGGCUUCCGGGGCAAGGGACUGUACACGAACUGCAUUGUUCCCUCUUUAAACGGAACGUAUAGUCGACCAGAUUAUUUUGGAGAAAAUUGGGCAAAACCGACUUGAUAGACAUGAAAAUCUUUAUAUUUACGAAGCACUUGCAAUUGUAAUACAGCGAAUAUUGUUCGUAUUUAUUUUAUUCAACAAGCGCUUAAUUGUUUUUAAUAUUUUAUCGGUUUCGCACCAAACGUUAAACGUUGAAAUUGGUGUCGACAGUGAUAAUGGCGUGUUUUUAUGACGACGAAUAAAUAAAUCUAAACCGGAUUAUGUUCACCCGUGUGGUACAGUGCUAGGUGAACAAAAUCAGUCGUGCCACUAAUAGUAUAUAAUUUUGAAAAUGCGCCGGAAAAAAACUGCAAAAUUUUAAUUUUGUUUUUUUUCCAGAGGAGGGAUUUUAAUCGUGUCCGGAAUGAUGCUGAAUGUGUUGGCGUGCGCUCUUACGUAUAAGCCCGCGCAGGACAAACACACCCCCGACGUUCAGUUCCCGGAUACCAUGACGACGUCGUCGUCGUCGUCGUCGUCAAGGUCGUCCAUCAACGCUCGGGUGGCAGCGGCGACCGUAGUCAGGGUCACCGACGAAUACUGCACGGCCGUCGAGUCCUGUUGCACGUCGUCCAUCAACACGAGUGUGCGGGUGACGACGACGGCAAUCGCGGCAGACGACAUCGUCACGACGGACGAAUAUUACGCGGACGUAGUCGUGUCGUCACCGUUGCUGGAGCAUCACGUGCAACACCGGGGAAAAGUCGCUCGAUUGCGACGGACGUUCAGUGGCAGACCGACGGCCGUAUUGCUGGCCGUGACGGCGGUAAACGCGCUCAGCGAAUUAGCGUACGGCACGUUCGCCGCAACGUCCACGCCGCGGCCGUCCAAUACGAAAGCCGCACUGUGGCUGGCCGCGGCCGACGCCACCGGUCGCGUACUGGUACCCGCCGUUUCAGACCACCUGUCGACCGGAAACGGAGGUGGCUCGGCGUCCAUUUACUUGAACGCGGUGAUCAUGGCCGUUGGCGGCGCUGUACUACUAACGGCCGGCAGCGCGCGCCAGUCACAGACCACCGAGUGGUCGUUGUGCUUGAUCGCCGCGUUCGGGCUGGUGUCCGGCGCUGCCGUCGGCCUCGAACCACUCGUCGCUGUCCACGUGCUAGGACACGACCGCCUGCCCACCUCGUAUUCCGCCACCAUGCUCGCCAAAGGCGCCGCCGGAUUAGCCGUCCACCUACUGUUCUCGCCGAUGGCUGGCCACCACGACCACUCCGCGUACCGGCCUCCACAACAUCGGAUUCCCGCCAACAUUGCGCUCUACGUACUAGGAUCCUGUCUGGUGGCUGCGGCCGCCGGCUGGACGGCCCGGUUACUCUUUAGGCCGCACUUUUACACCCCCAGAAGCGGUUUCGGUCAGUACAUGAGGGCUGCUUGAUAGCUCGGCCGCUGCUCGCGAUGGUUACGAUGUUCGUUUAUUUAACAGUCUGCGACUUCUCAGACUUCGAUUUCACACAACUCGUAUAAUGCUGGCAAAAUAUGUUGUUACAUACUAUUACAACCCAGUUAUUAAAAAUAAUUAAUUAGACGGGUUCUUACUACUUGAAUGUAAUUUAUUAAUUUUGUGACUUGUUAUUGUUUCAAGUUUGUACAUUGUCCAAUAAGUCUGCUUUAUACUAUUUCUUAUACACGAUUUAACAUAAAAAUUAAUGUUAAAUUUCGUUAUUAUGAAAUAAAUAAUGAAACAUUUGUACCUUGUAAUAUUAUGCUGAUUGACUGCCAAGAUAUAAAAUCACUUGUUUGCAGAUAAAUCAAUACAUUUUAGAAUACCAACCUAAAGUAAUGAUUUAUUCAUAUUGUGUAUGUGUAAUAUAAAUUGUAUAAUGUAUUAUAUUUCAGAUUAUUAAAUGGUUUUUCACUUUUGUACUUAUGUAAAAAUAAAAUACCAUUUAGAUU